AUGCCGAUCCGCAACCCUUUUGCCCGCCGCCCUGGCGCCAUUGUCGUCCAAGAUGAGAACCAGCGCCCUGGCUCGGCCGCUGGAAGCGCCGACGCCGUGUCUCCUGGGUUUGAAAGAGUAGAAACAGUAGGAUCUAAGGCGUCGUCGGCGCUCAGCAUCCGCAGCAGAAAGAGCCAGGACACGGGCGAGUACAAGAUGAGUGUGGUCAAUGACAGCGGAGUUUACCUACCGCCGUCCCCAAUAGAAAAGGAAGCGACUUGGCCUAGGCGGUACCUCACCCGAACGUCAAGCGAUAGGAGCAGCACCAGCGCCAACGGCGAGAUUGAACAUUUUUCCAUCUCACGAGAGUCGUUUGAUUCGUACAGGCGGUCUUUUGACAUUUGCGCCAAAAGCCCUGUAAUUCAGCCCAUUGACUCGGUCCUCCCGCCGCGACAGAGCCUCGAUUCGAAGCGCUUCCCGGGUGCGGUGCCGAGGUCCGCGCUCAGCCUGGAACAGCAGCGGCUGCGGCAGUGGCAGUUUGAGCGGGAACAGCCCAUGCCGGAGGAGCAGUUUGAGGAUGUCGGGCUGAGCGACGAGCAGCAGCAACAGCAGCAACAACAACCACCGCCGCCGGCGCCGCAGAAGAAGAAGGGCUUCUUUGCAAAGCUUGCAGGGGAUGCCACGCCUGCUCCCACGAGUACCACGCCAUCCCACCAACCAGAGCAGCAGACUGCAGGGGUGACAGGCAUGUCGCGGUUUCUACCGCUGCCCGGUCGGAAACGAGCGCAGAGCGGGAGCGGACAGGGCGCUGAGUUGGGCGUAAUGCCCGUGCCCAACAUGGACAGACCCGCAGCGGUGGCACCGCCGGCUGUCGCGUUGCAGCCGCAGAAGGUUGAGGCCUAA